CCACUGAUUCAGUACUUCUGGGCAAUUAAAGAUAGACGAUGAUGAUGUGGUUCUUUAUUCUAUGCCUUACUGCUUUACUUGCAGUUGGGAUUAGUCACUGGGUUUACAUGUGGCUUAACCCCAAGUGCAAUGGCAAGCUUCCUCCUGGUUCUAUGGGCUUUCCCAUUAUCGGAGAAACCUUGCAGUUCUUUGCCCUUCAUCCAUUUCAGAGCAUCCCUCCCUUCAUUAGAAACAGAAUGGAGAAGUACAAAAUGUCCGAUCUAUCUCCAAGGUACUGCAUAGGAUACGCUCUUUCCCCCAAGAAGGAACUAAGCUUCAUCCAUGACUCUCUCAUCGAUCACGCUAACCAGCAUGACGUCGAUCUCAUCUGCAUCCAUCCCACCAAGCCCAUCACCGAACAGGGACCCUUCGAUUGCAUCAUUCACAAGAUGUACGGACGCGACUGGAAUCAGCAGCUACACCAGUUCUCGGUCAAACACCCAAACGUCGUUGUAAUCGAUCUGCCGAAGGCCAUCGAGAAGCUCCACAACUGGGUCUCCAUGCUUGAGGGCGAUGGAGUUUGUGAGGGCGAUGGGUAUGGGGCAGUAUUUAGAACAAGCUUAGUUGGGAAAAAGGUGAUUGUUUCCAUGGAUCUGAAGUCAACACUUACAUUUUUCAAUAGGAAGAUAGAUAUGUCUUAUUAUGUGAUUUGCAGACAUCUGCAUGCUUGGGCCAAACAUGGAACUGUGGACUUGAAAGAAGUAACCUCAAAUAUGUUAUUUGAUUAUGCUGCUAAGCAGUUGAUGAGUUAUGAUGAGUCAAAGACACCCUUGAAAUUGGGACGUAAAAAUGCUACAAAGAUAAUUAGGGAUAUCUACAACGAUAGGAAAGCAUCAAAGAUUAAUCGUGGUGAUUUCUUGGAUCAUUUGCUUGAGAAAGUGGAGUUACCCAAGUUUAUCUCUGAUCAUCCAGACGUGCUGGCAGAACUGCAGAAAGAGCACGAGCAAAUUCUGAAAAACCAUGAUGAUGAGACAUCUAAAAUUACGUGGCAAGAAUACAAGUCAUCAAUGACUUCUACACAUAUGGUUAUCAAUGAAACAGUAAGGUUGGCAAAUCUUGUCCCGGCGAUUUUCAGAAAGCUCGUAAAAGAUGUGGAAGUAAAGGCGUUCGAUGGUGGCCUGAGACUCUGCGCGGGAGCCGACUUUGCAAAGCUUCAAAUGGCCAUAAUUAUUCAUCACUUGGUCACAAAAUAUAGAUACAUAUAUAUAUAUACUAUGUCAGGAGUGUAUGUGGGCAAGAGUAAUGAUGAAGAAUACCUUGUCUUUGAAGAUGCAAGUUAA